AAAGAAAAAAAAAGAAAAGAAGAUGGGCGCAUCAGUCGAAAAUGUAUGAAGUAGUACGAUUAAUCCUCAGAUCCGAACAUUUAGGAUGAGUACAUUUCUAAUGCAGGGAUUGAUUUACACUCGAACUAAUUUCACCUGCUUUUGGUUUUAGAUUCACUAGAAUCGUGCACGAUUUUUAGGGGAGGAGAGGAUCAGUUGCGAGCACACACAACACAUACAUCUGUCAACAAAGUCAGGGGCCGCCCGCGCCCCUUGUAAAGUGGUCCACUGUGGGCGCGGUUUUUCUCCGGCGAUCCGCGGCGGCCGCGGUCGCAGGCAGGCAGGCAGGCUAACGUACAUGGCGGCGGAGGGCGCCGCCGGCGGCCGGGGAGGACGAGCCGCGCGGUACCCGCCUCUUUCGGCGCUCGUCAUCUCCGCCAUCGCCGCCUCCUCCGCCGUCAUCGUCCUCGCCGUCGUCCACUCGGCGUACGACGACGCGUUGUCGCGGACGCGGACGCUGCUGGGCCACAACCUGGAGCCGACGCCAUGGCACCCGUUCCCGCACUCCAAGGGCCGGCCGCCGGCGCGCGCCGCGCUGCGGUGCGCGCCGUCCAUCGCCUGCCUCCCACCGCUCUCGCAUCCACCUGGGACGGCCAACGCGUCGUCGUCGGCGGCGGCGGCGGCGGGUGAACAGCGGCGUCAGUGCCCGGCCUACUUCGCGGCGAUCCACCGGGACCUGGCGCCGUGGCGCGGGCCGGGGCGAGGCGUGACGCGCGCUCUCCUCGACGCGGCGCGGCGGCGCGCGUCCAUGCGCGUCACCAUCACCGGCGGAGGCCGCCGGCUGCACGUCGACCUCUACUACGCCUGCGUGCAGAGCCGCGCGCUCUUCACCGUCUGGAGCCUGCUCCAGCUCAUGCGCCGGUACCCCGGCCGCGUCCCCGACGUCGACCUCAUGUUCGACUGCAUGGACCGCCCCGCCAUCAACCGCACCGACCACGGCGACGGCGACCCUUCCUCCCCCCCGCCGCCCCCUCUCUUCCGCUACUGCACCACCAGGGACCACUUCGACAUCCCCUUCCCCGAUUGGUCCUUCUGGGGCUGGCCGGAGACGAACAUCAAGCCAUGGAACAGGGAGUUCAAGAGCAUCAAGAUGGGAGCUCGGGCGACGAGAUGGGCAGACAGGGUGCCGACGGCGUACUGGAAGGGGAACCCGGACGUGGCGUCGCCGCUGCGGGUGGCGCUGCUGGGGUGCAACGACACGGCGGCGUGGCGCGCGGAGAUCAUGCGGCAGAACUGGGACGACGAGGCCAAGUCCGGGUACACGCACUCGAAGCUGUCGUCGCAGUGCACGCACAGGUACAAGAUCUACGCGGAGGGGUUCGCGUGGUCGGUCAGCCUCAAGUACAUCCUCUCGUGCGGAUCCAUGGCGCUGCUGAUCGAGCCCCGGUACGAGGACUUCUUCAGCCGGGGGCUAGAGCCACGGGUGAACUACUGGCCGGUGACGGAGACGGGGAUGUGCGAGUCCAUCAGGGACGCCGUCGACUGGGGCAACGCUAACCCCGGCGAGGCCGAGCUCGUCGGCCGGCGAGGGCAGCGGCUCGUGCAGGAGCUCCGGAUGCACGCCGUCUACGACUACAUGCUGCACCUGCUCACCGAGUACGCAAGACUCAUGGACUUCCGCCCCGCGGCGCCGCCGCCGUCGUCGUCGUCGUCGCACGACGCGCCGCAGGAGGCGUGCGAGGCGUCGGUGCUCUGCCUCGCCGACGAUAAGCAGCGGAGGUUCCUCGAGGCGUCCAGGGCCGAGCCCGCCGUGAGCGACGAACCCUGCGUGCUGCCGCCACCGCCGCCUUGAUCGAGUGCUUGAGCUAGGUGGAAUUUAUUUAUUUAUUUAUUUAUUUAUUUAUUUAUUUAUUUAUUUAUAUAGACUCAAAAGGAAGACAGAGCAGAACGAAUUGGGAUUAGAAAAGUUGCAGGAUUAUUGAAUGAUGAUUGUAGGGACACAAGUUCGUGCAAAAGCAUGUCCAGAUUUGAGGCCAAUUGCAAUUCCAUUGAAUUUUUUGGUUUCCCAAGCCCUCUAAACUUACUAGUUGAAUUGUGUAUCUUGGCGUCUGGUCUCGCCACUACUUCACCUUAUAGCAAAAGGAUUUUGUCCCAGUUCGCUUGUCCUAUAAGUUAUACUGUUUUUGUCA